UGAUCCAGCAAUUUGGAUAAGUAUUGAGAAAGGUGCUCGGGAAGCUCCAAUUUCCAAUACUCCUGUCGAGUAUAUGGAGCUAUAUAAAAGAUGUUGGGAUACAGAGCCAGAUCAGAGACCAAACAUUAGCGAGAUUGUUACUCGUCUAAGCACAAUGCGUUUAGAGCCUGUAUACGACCCACCAUCAUCAGUAAAUAGCAUAAGUUUAAACUCUUAUCUAUCAUCUAUAAUAGGCACAGAUCAUAAUUCGACAUUAACGUUUGAUGAUAAGUUUGUUAUUUCAUUAAAGUCGAACGACGAAACACCUGAUUAUGAAUGGGAUGAGGAAACGUGUCGAUGGGAAAGAGUUUCUAAUACUAAAGUGAUCGUAAGAUAUUCAAAAGAGUCUACAUCAGAUAUCUCUAUGUGGUUGAAAGAAGUAAAUUAA